AUGGAAAACUUGCUUCAGUGGCGCGGAGAGUUCGGGUUAGGACCUGGCCUUCACAACUAUGGAAAAACGUGUUACGUCAACGCUGUUUUAGAGUGCUUGUUGCACCUUCCUCCCGUGGUUCAGUCCCUCCUGCCACCGUACCAGCCUGCCCUGACCACACAGUUCAGCCCCCAAGACUGCCUAAGCAGGAUCGUUCAUGACAUCCACGUAAACGAUUCAACGAAACGCCGCAAGACGUGGCCAAACGGGUAUCGAAUGGACGAGUUGCACAGUCACCUAGCUGACGUUUGGCUGUCGUUUGGUGCUGGACGCCAAGAAGACGCGCACGAAUCGUCUAAGGUGUUUCUCGACAUCGACAUUCCAGUCACUCCAGACGUUGUCACUGUUGAGGACAGCCUAAGAAGAGCAUUUGGUACCACCGCGUUAACGGGCGAUAACUCGUACGAGUGCACCUAUUGCAAUCGCCGAUGCCCAGCUGUGCGUACAAGUGCCAUUGCAGAGUGGCCCCAUGCAUUAGUGCUGCGUGUCCUACGCUUCGCGGUCGGUGAAAAACGCACCAUAAAAAAGAACGGCCAGCCCAUCCAAUACACAUCAGAGCUGAACAUGAGUGAGUUUGCCACAGUGGAUCACGCGGAUAUUGUGUACGAGCUUCGAGGAGUUGUCCUACAUCUGGGGAGUUCACUGACUUCGGGUCACUACAUUGCGUACGUGCUGGCACCAAGUGGGCGAUGGUUCAGUAUGGACGACCAGCUAAGUCGGCAGCACAUCCAACGCAACACAGCCCCCAACGCAGCCCCCAACGUAGCCCCCAGCGUAUCCCGGAAAGCAACCCGCAUUAUAGCCCGCAAUAUGGCGGUCCCGAGUACAGCCCUCAAAGCACCUCACAACCUAGUCCCCAACACACUCACGUUGUAA